ACGUAAACUGUAAUCUGACUUACCGACAUCGCAACCCUAACCUCAAAAUGACGGAGAGCCGUAUUUUUGAGUUAAUUUUAAAAAAUAAUACUGAAAUUACCGAUUAUUCCUUCGCAAAAUUAAACAGGGAUUCGGUUAGGGUUAUUUCCAGUAAGUUCGCAGAGGUUAUAUACGAAACAUUGAAGCAGAAAAGCAAAAAUAGUGCCAUAAAAAGAAUUAAUAUAUUAAAAUUCCUAAACAAUCUAUGUGUUGUAAAUGAGUCGCAUUUGCAUAAAGAAAGUUAUAGUUAUCAUGUAAACAAAAUAAAAUGCCGGUAUAAAAAAUACGAUAUUUUGGAAGAUAUAAGAAGUGAUUUAAAUGGUUUGAAUGUUGAUUUAAGAGGUGAAAUUUUAAAAUGCAGUGAUAGAAGGAAUUAUAAGGAUAGACGUAAGCAUUUGGAAAACAUUAAAAAGUUUGAUGAGGAGAAAAUUAAUUUACAUUUCAAGAAGCCUCUACUUUUAACAAAAAAAGUUUCUUGUUGUAAAACGAGUAAAGUUUUGGUUCAAAGUUUAUUUGGGGAAGAAGAAAUAAGAAACGUUGAUAAAAAAGUAAUACAUGAUGUUGAGUAUAGGAGGAAACAAAUAAAAUUUGGAUAUUCUGUGACUAAUUUACAAAUAAAGGAUUUUUCUGAAAUUGUUUUUAUUAUUUUUAAUGAAUUGAAAAGCUAUGGAAAACUGGAGAUGUUUGAAUGUGAAUUUAUUGAAUAUACGUUUAAUAAUUGUGAUAAAAAUAAGGUUGUUAACUUUAUAAUACUAAACUUCCCAUUUGCUUACGAAAAAAUCACGAUAAAACUUUGCAAAAACAUUUUAAAAUGCCAAAAUGAACAAGAAAUUAACAAUUUUUUUACAGAUUUGGGAGAUAAUAAACAUUACAAAUUAAUUCAGAAUAUAUGCCUGGAAAAUAUUGAAUUGACUUAUAAAAUUAAAAGUAUUAUUUAUGAAUUGUUUUGUUAUAGUUAUUGUAAUGAGAAUGUAUUGAGGUUUUGUAAUUUAUUUUGAAGAAAU